CGCACACACACACAUACCUACAUGCACAUACAGACACAUUUAUUAGAAAACAGCUCUGUUAUAUGAGUAUAGAGUGAAAGAGUGAAAAUUCAGUGUCUGCUCUUUGAAUUAGGAGGGAAAGGUGCAGAGUUACGAUGUUAAUAAACAAUAAUAGAUAAGCUGUUGUUAUCUUUUCAGGAAAUGAAAUGAUGAGAACUAAGUGUUAAUAGUGAUAAACAGACCGUGGAUUAUCCUGCUGCUCGUGUGUUCGCUCCAACAGUAGAUGCAGUUACCUCAGUAACUAUGUAACUGUAGAUGAGGUCCCAUCAGCAGUCAGCUGGUGUGCGAAUGAAAGAGUGCUCGAACUGAUCAAUUCAGUCAAGGUGCCGAGUAAACCUGCUGCUGGGGAAGAUUUUUGUGUUAUUAAGUAAUUCUGUUAACGGGAUUCAUCCGGUCUUUAGGUAAACGGCUCACCUGUCCUGGACCUUGAGCGCCACCUGGCUCAGAUCCAAUUAUCCCAGCUGACUGACCCCUCGCGGCUUCAUUAACAGGCAUCCUUAGUGUUAACCUCCAGGCCUCUGGCUGUCUAACCAGUCAGCAAUUAGGACGUGGACGCAUUUUGAUGCUUUAAUUAAGGACACAGAAAUUAAUGUCAAUUAAUUCUUAGAUUGCAACAGCAGCGAUACGAGAGGAACAGCCUGCUUUUAACCCCACGGUGUGUCGAGAAGCUUGGAUCAAAAGAUUUAGCCUCACGGCACCUAAGACGAGCAAACGGGAUAGCUGAGAUUUUUGCCAGGAGCAGCGAUUCACAGGAAAAAGGGGAGAUUAUUAAGGACGAUGUCGGGACCGAGGCCCGUGGUGCUGAGUGGCCCCUCUGGAGCAGGGAAGAGCACUCUGUUGAAGAGGCUGAUGAAAGAGCACGAAGGAGUCUUUGGAUUCAGCGUCUCACACACGACGAGAAACCCUCGACCAGGAGAAGAAGAUGGCAAAGGACUGAACAAGCUCCCCAUGCUUCUGGGGGCUACUUUACUGCCCGUAGCAGCCGUCUUAUCCUCUGAGGACAUAGAAAUGUCAGCCUCAUGUCCAAAUGAAUCAGAAACCACAGAUGAAGACUAUCACUUCACAACGAGGGAGGCCAUGCAGGAGGGUAUCGACAAAGGAGAGUUCAUUGAGCACGCUGAGUUUUCUGGCAACAUGUAUGGAACAAGUAAGGCUUCUGUGGAAGACGUGCGAGCCAAAAACCUGAUCUGCAUCCUGGACGUGGAUAUCCAGGGGGUGAAGCGGAUCAAAGAGACCGACCUGAACCCCAUCUACGUCUCCAUCCAGCCUCCAUCUAUGGACGUGUUGGAAAAACGUCUGAGGGACAGGCAGACGGAAACAGAGGAGAGUUUACAGAAACGUCUGGAAGCGGCACGCGUCGACAUGGAGCUCAGUAAGGAGCCCGGAGUGUUUGAUGCUGUGAUCAUCAACGACGACUUAGAAAAGGCCUACGAGGAGCUAAAAGAAAUCCUGGAUGAAGAAAUUAAAAAAGUUCAGGAGGCCAAAUCAUAAUAAGGAAAUAAGCAGGCUUUCAGCAGGUGGACAGGAACACUGAUGUGUCUCUGACUGGAAAAGCUCCAUCUUCACUGGAACACGUGAAAUAAGAAAAGCUCUUCCUCACGCUCAGCUGCGUCCAGCUGCAGUUCAGACACACAGAUGGAAACGAAGAGUCUGGACCGACGUGUCUCACAUGUCCUUUGUGUUAGAUUUAGUAAAAGCAGUGGCUGAUAUUAGGUGUGUAGUCCUACUUCAUAGAUUUCUGACAUUUGGCUCAGCAGGUACGAAUAAAACGCCACAUCCAGCGCUACGUUCGGUCUUCGCAGGCUGGCACAGAUCUGCUUUAGCUCCACAUCUAGAAAGUGUUCAGAUACUAUGACUUCGACUUAGAAAUAAAUUCAGUCUUAGUCGAGUAUAUUAUCAGGAUGGACUCGUGCACAUGAACAACAGAGCAUCUGAAAAUCACCGUUUGUGGUAGAUUUAAUCUAAAAUGUGUUAGAGCUGAAAUGUUCGUGUGUUUUACUGAAACGAGACAGAAUAAAGAGUUUUAGGACAACGA